AUGGAGCCUGCACCGGCGAAGGCGAAGCCGCAGGGCCGGCUCCUGGUGUCCACGCCGCUGGACGCUAAGGAUGAACUGGAAGAGCGCCUGGAGCGUUGUGCCGGGGUGGUCCAGGCGUUGACCAAUGGGCUGUCAGAGAGAGAAGCCAAUGAUGCUCUGACUGCAAACGUGUGUAAAGGUCAACAGCAGCAUGAGGAGGUGUGCCUUGGUCUGUUCACUCUGGUCCUUACAGAGCCAACUCAGGCCCAGAGGUGUUACAGAGACCUGACCCUGGUGAACAGAGACGGGAUGAACGUGAUCCUGGUGAAAAUAAACCAAGUCCUCAUGGAGAAGUUCCUCAAACUGCAGGAUGUCCCCAGAACCCAGCUGGUGUGGCUGGUCAGAGAGCUGGUGAAGAGCGGUGUGAUGGGCGCUGACGGAGUCGUCAUGACGCUGCUGAAACAGAUUGCCGGUGGAGACAUUUCCACCAAGAACCUGUGGCUGGCCGAGAAUGUCCUCGAUAUAUUGCUGGAGCAAAAGGAGUGGGUGUUGAAGAGUGGGAUGCUCAUAGCGAUGUCGGUCUACACCUUCCUGCGCCUCAUCGUGGAUCACGGACCUCCAAACCUGCUGCCUUUGCGCCAAAAGGAAGUGGACUUCUGCAUCAGCAUGCUGAGGGAGAAGUUCAUGGAGUGUCUGAUCAUCGGCAGAGAUCUGGUCCGGCUGCUGCAGAACGUUGCUCGAAUCCCAGAGAUGGAUCUCCUCUGGAGAGACCUGCUGCACAACCCACAAGUCCUCAGCCCUCAGUUCACUGGUGUCCUGCAGCUUCUCACUGCUCGGACGUCCAGAAAGUUUUUGGCCUGCAGGCUGACCCCGGACAUGGAGACCAAGCUGCUGUUCAUGACCUCCAGGGUGCGCUUCGGCCAGCAGAAGCGCUACCAGGACUGGUUCCAGAGACAGUACCUGUCCACCGCCGAGAGCCAGUCUCUGCGCUGCGACCUGAUUCGCUACAUCUGCGGAGUGGUGCACCCGUCCAAUGAGGUGCUGAGCUCCGACAUCCUGCCGCGCUGGGCCAUCAUUGGCUGGCUGCUCACCACCUGCACAUCCAACGUGGCGGCCUCCAACGCCAAGCUGGCGCUCUUCUAUGACUGGCUGUUCUUCAACCCAGAGAAGGACAGCAUCAUGAACAUAGAGCCUGCCAUCCUGGUGAUGCAUCACUCCAUGAAGCCUCAUCCUGCCAUCACAGCCACACUGCUGGACUUCAUGUGCAGGAUCAUCCCUCACUUCUUCCCUCCACUGGAGUCUCAGGUCCGUCAGGGCGUCUUCAACUCGCUCACCUUCAUCAUGGAGAAGAGAGUGCUGGCCCACCUGGCGCCGCUGUUUGACAACCCCAAGCUGGACCGAGAGCUCCGCUCCAUGCUCAGAGAGAGGUUCCCCGAGUUCUGCAGCCCCCCCUCCCCCCCCACCGAAGUCAAGAUGGAGGAAGCUGUUUCCAUGGAGAUGGACAACCACAUGUUGGAUAAAGAGGAUGGUUGCUAUGACAACACAGAAGCUGCUUUCAGUGAUGAUGAGGAGGAAGUCAACAAUAAAGGGAAGAAGCGGGAGUUCCGGUUCCAGCCGGUCCGGGAGGCGGUGCUUGAGGAGCCGGUGGACAUCUCGCCCUGGCUGGACCAGCUGGACGACACCAUGAAGGACAAGGUGCAGCAGCUCCACAAGACCAGCGACACGGAGGCUCAGUGCGAGGUCAUGCAGGAGAUCGUGGAUCUGAUUCUGGAGGAGGACUUCGACACGGAGCAGAUGUCCGCCUUGGCCUCCUGUCUGUCUGAGCUCUUCAGGGACCACUUCAGAGGAGACGUCCUGCCGGAGGAGAUCACCGAGGAGUCCCUGGAGGACUCGGUCAGUAAGCCAGUGUGCCUGGUCUUCAGGAACCUGGUCACCAUGCAGGAGGACAACAGCGGCUUCUCCGUCCUGCUGGACCUGCUGGCCGAGCUGUACCAGAGACAGCCCCGGACCGGGUACCACCUGCUGUACUACCUGAAGGCCAGCAAGGCGGCCAACGGGAAGAUGCUGCUGUACGAGUCCUUCGCCCAGGCCACGGCGCUGGGGGACCUGCACACCUGUCUCAUGAUGGACAUGAAGGCAUGCCAGGAGGACGACGUCCGCCUGCUCUGCUACCUCACCCCGUCCAUCUACUCCGAGUUUCCCGACGAGACGCUGCGGAGCGGAGAGCUGCUCAACAUGAUCGUGGCCGUCAUCGACUCCACUCAGCUGCAGGAGCUCAUGUGCCAUGUGAUGAUGGGGAACCUGGUGAUGUUCAGGAAGGACUCGGUUCUCAACAUCCUGAUCCAGUCCCUGGACUGGGAGACCUUCGAGCAGUACAGCACCUGGCAGCUCUUCCUGGCCCACAGCAUCCCGCUGGAGACCAUCAUCCCCAUCCUGCAGCACCUCAAGUACAAGGAACACCCAGAGGCCUUGUCCUGCCUGCUGCUGCAGCUCCGAAGAGAAAAGCCCAGUGAGGAGAUGGUGAAGAUGGUCCUCAGCCGUCCCUGCCACCCUGAGGACCAGUUCACCACCAGCAUCCUGAGACACUGGACGUCCAAACAUGACGACACUCUGGGGGAGCACAUCAAGGCCCAGCUGAUCAAGAACAACAACCAGCCCCGCAAGAGACAGAGUCUCCGCAGCUCCAGCAGUAAACUGGCCCAGCUGACCCUGGAGCAGAUCCUGGAGCAUCUGGACAACCUGAGGCUGAGUCUGAGCAACAGCAAGAACAACUUCUUCACCCAGACUCCGAUCCUCCAGGCUCUGCAGCACGUUCAGGCCAGCUGUGACGAAGCACACAAGAUGAGGUUCAGCGACCUGUUCUCCCUGGCAGAGGAGUACGAGGACUCCCAGUCCAAACCCCCCAAGUCCCGCCGGAAAGCCCCCGCCUCCUCGCCGCGCUCCAGGAAGGGUGUGGCUCCGCCCACCAACGCCGAGGAGGAGAGCGCCUCCAGCAGCGCCUCGGACGAGGAGGACUCGAAGCCUAAGGCCCCGAAGAGGAAGAGGAAGGGCUCGUCGGCCGUCGGCUCGGACAGCGACUGACGGAUCUUCUGACCAAUGGCGGCGUGGCGCCGGGGCGGAGGCAGGCCCCGCCCCCUCCUUGUGGACGGGGGGGCGGAGACUCUGGACUUGGAACUGAUGCCGUUUCCAUGGAAACCGGCCGGUCUCAUUUCCCACAAUGCACUGGGGGGAAGAGUGGCUUUUAACAGACGUGAUGAAGAUGAAGAUGGACUCGGUGUUGUUUUUUACGCUCUGGAGGCUCUUACUGUGGAGGGGUGUGGCUUCCUGUCCUGCAGUAAAGCUUCUACCAACGC